UAGAAAUUAUCCAACCAAAAAAUAAAAAUAAAAAAAUCCGAUAUAGAAAUAAACACCAACGGACUCGAUAUCUCAGAAUUUUUCUGGUAAAAGAAAACGAUGACUUGGUUGGGUGCUACCUCUUCUUCUUCCCCAUGGAUUCUCAGGAACUCGCUUCUCACAACAUCCACAACCUCUUCAUCUUCUUCUUCCUCUUCAAAAUUCUCGAAAUACCGAUCAUGCCCUCGUCCUCUUCGCCUCUCGAGCCGCGCCCAAUCCGACGUUGGCAGUGACUUCAAUUUCGUGCUCCACGAUGCUCUCGAUUCUUCCGGAACCCUCACCUGCCUCGCCAGAGAGGCCAGGGAGGGGUUCUGCUCACAAAUUCGCCAUCUGUCCGAUAUAGAGAGGGAAACCAGCAUUACCAUCAAUAGAUGUGUUGAUUUGGGGAAAACUGCUCUUUACAUUGCAGCAGAAGAUGACUCCCUUGUGUCACAUUCUUCAGUUCCACUUCCGGUGGAUGCUUUUAUUAGUAGGUUUGGUGAUCUUUCCAUGGACUAUUGUUCUCACCACAACUCUUCAUUUAGAUCCUCGCCUGAGAAAUUGUUGGAGAGUUUGGAAAACUAUUUGUACGUAAAUAAGGGUUUUCGAAGGACGAUUGCAAGGUAUCACUCUGAAUCACGGGCUCUAUAUCUCCACUCAGUUUUGACACAUCGUUCAGGAUCACCUGCAAUGCUUUCACUCAUAUACUCAGAAAUUUUGAAAAUGCUUCGCCUAUGGGGUUUUUUGGAUUUCGAUGUGGAGAUAUUCUUUCCUCAUGAUCUUCAUAGUCUUCCCCGAGGUUAUCAUAAACAGAAAAGCAAGGAAUCUGAUAAUGUCCACAUAAUGACUUCACAAGCCCUUUUAGUGGAGAUUUUAAGAAAUUUGAAGGAUGCAUUCUGGCCGUUUCAGCAUGAUCAACCAGGGAAUUUGUUCUUGAGGGCAGCACGUGCUGCUAACUUUAUCGAUAGAUCAAACAUAAACGAAGACAGUGGCUUUCAGCUUGCAUCUGCGAAGGCUGCUCAACAUAGACUAGAUCGUGGUGUUUGGACUAGUGUACAUUUUGGGGAUAUGAGGCGUGCCCUAUCUGCUUGUGAACGUCUUAUUCUCCUGGAAGCUGAUCCGAAGGAAUUAAGAGAUUACAGCAUUCUUCUCUACCAUUGUGGAUUUUACGAGGAAUCACUUGAAUAUCUAAAGUUAUAUCAGGACAAAAAGGGUCGUCCACUACGGAGGCGACCGUCUGAUUCGUUAACCGUUUUGGAGGAAGAUGCCGCAGAGAAAUUGAUGAUACGCCUUAACCUAAUUCUGAUGGAGGAUGGUUGGAGCAGGCCGUCGUAUAUUAGAAACUUUCUUGGUAACAACUCUGAACCAUGGUAGUCUUCGCAUAUAUUAUUGCAGAUAGCAGUACAAACCCAAAUCAAUAGGAGGUUCAUGUAAACCGGCAAAGCGGCAUCCUGGAAAAGUUUUGCCAAAUAUGCGGUGUUUUCUAUCCGUAUAUAACAAGAUGAACAAAACCGGAGAUAUGAGUCCUGCCACAUUCUGCAUUUUCCCAUAUGGUGCCAGUUUUUUAUGUAGUAAUUGUGUUGACCGAUCAUCAGUAAAUUUGAACGCCGGAAUAUUGGAAGAAUGAACCGGCAAAAUUUACGACAGCGGAGGUAGUAGGUGGUCUAUUAUCUGCUUGUGAUACUCUUAUGUAAAUUCAUGUAUAUAACAAAUUGUUGCUUCAUUUGUGAUUUGAGUAAUAACAAAUUUAUGUGGAAUCAUA